GAGGAGAGGGAAGGCAAAGCCCCGGACAGCAGAAGAGGGGGAGUCGGAGGGAGCGGGCUGGGAGACAGAGAGAAAGCCCAGGCCCAAAUAAAGCCAUGGGGGCCACAACUGGGCUGGGUCCCUCUCUGCUAUAAAUACGCUGGCCGCCUGCAGGUUCGGGUUUGGUGGUCGAGGCUUGGGACCGGCGACGGCCACAGCUGCUGCAGCCUUCCUCAGGCGAGUCUCCUCCUUUCACUCAUCCUCCUCCUCCUCCUCCUCCUGCUCAUCCAAGAUGCCUCGGGUGGACUCGGACCUCAAGCUGGACUUCAAGGAUGUCCUUUUCAGACCCAAGAGGAGCAGCUUAAAGAGUCGCUCAGAGGUGGAUCUUCAGAGGACGUUUACAUUCCGCAACUCCAAGCAGACCUACACGGGUGUCCCCAUCAUCGCAGCCAACAUGGACACUACAGGAACGUUUGACAUGGCAAAGGUUUUCAGUAAACACACCCUCUUCACAGCCAUCCACAAGCACUACUCUGUUGAAGACUGGAAAAACUUCGCUGCCAAUCACCCAGAAUGCCUAGAGCAUGUUGCUGCGAGCUCAGGGAGCAGCACCGCCGAUCUGGAGAAGCUGUGCGCCAUCUUGGAGGCCAUUCCCGCCCUCAAGUACAUCUGUCUGGAUGUGGCCAACGGCUACUCGGAGUACUUUGUUGAGUUUGUCAAGACGGUGAGAGAAAGGUUUCCCAAACACACCAUCAUGGCUGGGAACGUGGUGACGGGAGAGAUGGUGGAGGAGCUCAUCCUCUCUGGUGCUGAUAUAAUCAAAGUGGGUAUCGGGCCAGGUUCUGUGUGCACAACCAGGAUCAAGACCGGAGUUGGUUAUCCACAACUCAGUGCUGUUAUAGAGUGUGCAGACUCAGCUCACGGACUCAAAGGACACAUCAUCUCUGAUGGUGGCUGUAGUUGCCCCGGAGAUGUCGCUAAAGCCUUCGGUGCCGGGGCCGACUUUGUGAUGAUGGGAGGAAUGCUGGCGGGCCACGACCAGUGCUCCGGGGAGACCAUCGAGAAGAACGGGAAGAAGUACAAACUCUUCUACGGCAUGAGCUCGGACACAGCCAUGAAGAAGUACGUGGGUGGAGUCGCUGAGUACAGGGCGUCUGAAGGGCGGACGGUGGAGGUUCCGUACAGAGGAGAUGUAGAAAACACCAUCCGGGACAUCCUGGGGGGGCUCCGCUCCACCUGUACCUACGUGGGCGCAGCCAAACUCAAGGAACUGAGCCGCAGAACCACCUUCAUCCGGGUCACGCAACAGUCCAGCCACAUGUUCUCCUAGGAGAGACCCUCUCCCCUCAUGACAACCAACAAACCCACAUAUUAUGCAUGACUAGAGGGGUCUACUCAGGGUGUCGAAAAGCUCCAAAUUCAGCAAAGUUUGACGUGUAUUCAACCAUUUUAACCACAAAGCAAAACUCUUAUCAUGUUCUAGUUAGGAACGUAUUAGGAUUUUGGAUUGGGGAUAAGAAAAUACAAAGCUGCAUUUAUGAUGUAAUACUUUCUAGUUUGGAGAAAAUGGGAUAAAAAGCUAAACGAUUGUGUUUUAACGACAGUAAUAAUGGAACUUAUAUGAAGUUUGGAGUAUUAGGACAUUUACAAAAUGUCAAUAAUUUGCAAAGAUAUUCAGCAGGUGUGCAUGAAUUUAUCGUGAUCAAUCAGGGAGUCACUUUUUUUUUUUAACUGAAUGCAAAAACUUCCAAGUCUCCACAUUUCCUCUGGACAAAUCACGUGGCAUUAAACUCUAUGCAGAACUCUGUUUAUGUCCUCGGAUUCUUUGAAGCGUCUCCAAAGAAAUCAGUGUUUGCGUCUGUGUGCAUGCAGUCUGAAUGUUUCAGUGACGAGGGCGAGCACUUCAAAUACUUUGCUGAUUUGAGACGCAGCUGCUGUCAGACACGUCCUCCUCGUCUGCGCCGCUUUCAGCGAGCCUGGCGGUUUCAGUCAACCUCAUGGACGAGCGGGGCCUGCGACGGAGAGCUGCGAACACCCUUUAACAUGGAAAGCACUUUAAAGAAGGUUGCAUUGUUUACUUCAAUGAAGGCAACAGAACAAAGAUGUAGUAAUGUGUCAUCUCUGUCUGAAAAAUAAAAUGGAAAUGUUUUCAUGA